AUGGUGCUUUCGCAAAAGCUUCAUGAAGCUUUUAAAGGUACAGUUGAGAGGAUCACAGGUCCACGUACGAUCUCUGCGUUCAAGGAGAAGGGAGUACUCAGCGUCAGCGAGGAAUCUGGUGACCCAAGCAAAAGGAAGCCUUACUUGCCCUCGGACAAACAGUUUUUGAUUACUAGAAAUGUACCUUGUCUACGGAGAGCUGCAUCUGUGGCAGAGGAUUAUGAAGCUGCUGGAGGUGAAGUGUUGGUUGAUGAUGAAGAUAAUGAUGGUUGGCUGGCUACACAUGGGAAACCGAAAGGCAAGGAAGAUAAUGAUUUUGUUUUGAGAGAUUAA